AUGAAGUCGCGUAAGGUGCGAUGCCUGAGACAAACCACAGAGCUGAGUGUCUCUUCAGAUUCUGAGGAAGAUCGUCUCGAAGAUUCUACUGCACCUGUUGUUGCAGACUCCACAGUAGUUGUGGAAGCAAUAAGAGAAUUGCAAAAACUAAGGAAACGACCAGCUGGAGUAAGCUUGUCUGCACUAGCCACUGGUAAAGAAGUUCCAGAUCUCAAUCUAACAAUCGCCAACGACCCAUUUAGACUUAAGACUGGUGGUCUAGUUGACCUAAACAGUAUUUCAUCUGCUAAACAAUCCGAAGAGGACGAUGACGUUGAAGCUCGUCUAGCCAAAACGUUCGCCACAGAAACUAAUAAGAGAGAUGAAGAUGCCGAAAUGAUCAAGUACAUCGAGGAGGAAGUAGCCAAACGAAAGGGAUUAAUUAAACCCUCCACCCUAGACCGGGAUGAAGAUUCAGACUUACUACAGGAUGUUCCUGAGUAUCUCAAACCUUCAAUUGGUCAACAGAAGGAAGACAUGUUAUCCAACCAAAUGUUAUGUGGUAUCCCUGAAGUUGACUUGGGUGUGGAAGCGAAAAUGAAAAACAUAGAAGCCACAGAAGAAGCCAAGCAAACACUUUUUAGAAAAAGAUUAAGUCGCAAACAUGGUUAUUCAACAGAUCACAUAGCACCAACUAGUAUAGCAGUCAACUUCGUUCAGCACAGUCGGUGGAAUAGUUACACAAAUGGAAUCAGUAAAAGAGCUGAUUUGAACAACGAACGAGAACUCAACCACAUAGCCAAUAAUAAUACAAACAAACUGGAAUCAACGAAAAAUAAUCCGAUGUCUCCUCAAAAGGAAAAUCGUCGUUUAGAUAAUAGCCGACCGCAUAUUCGUAACGAAAAAUCCACAGAUAAUAUUGCACUUCAACGAUUCAAAAACUAUAUGCGCGAUAAAAGACUGAUAUUAUGUUUUAAGUGUGAAAACAUUAUUUCGGUGAAACUCUACUAUGAUGCAAUUAUUGGGCUAAAACCAGGCUGUUUUAUUAGAAAACAUUGGUAA